AUGACGGGGACGAUUUCUAUCUGUCUAUACGGUUGUUCACUCUCAUUAUCACUCUCUCUCUAUCUCUCUCUCUCUCUGUCUCUCUCUCUCUCUAUCAAAUUCUGUCCAAAUCUGUCGCAAUAUGUUCAUCUAUCUAUCUAUCUAUCUAUCUAUCUAUCUAUCUAUCAAAUUCUGUCCAAAUCUGUCGCAAUAUUUUCAUUCAUCUAUCUAUCUAUCUAUCUAUCUAUCUAUCUAUCAAAUUCUGUCCAAAUCUGUCGCAAUAUUUUCAUUAUUAUCUAUCUAUCUAUCUAUCUAUCUAUCUAUCAAAUCUGUCCAAACAGCAAUAUUUUCAUUAUUUAUAUCUAUCUAUCAUUAUUUAUCUAUCAUCUAUCUAUCUAUCUAUCAUCUAUCUAUCUAUCUAUCAAAUUCUGUCCAAAUCUGUCACAAUAUUUUGAUUAUCUAUCUAUCUAUCUAUCUAUCUAUCUAUCUAUCUAUCUAUCUAUCUAUCAAAUUCUCUCCAAAUCUACAGCUGCUCAUUAUUUAUCUAUCUAUCUAUCUAUCUAUCUAUCUAUCUAUCUAUCUAUCUAUCAAAUUCUGUCCAAAUCUGUCGCAAUAUUUUCAUCUAUCUAUCUAUCUAUCUAUCUAUCUAUCUAUCUAUAUAUAUAUCUAUCUAUCAAAUUCUGUCUAAAUCUGUCACAAUAUUUUCAUUAUCUAUCUAUCUAUCUAUCUAUCUAUCUAUCUAUCUAUCAAAUUCUCUCCAAAUCUCUGCUCAUUAUUUAUCUAUCUAUCUAUCUAUCUAUCUAUCUAUCUAUCUAUCUAUCUAUCUAUCUAUCAAAUUCUGUCCAAAUCUGUCGCAAUAUUUUCAUUAUCUAUCUAUCUAUCAAAUUCUGUCCAAAUCUGUCACAAUAUUUUCAUUAUCUAUCUAUCUAUCUAUCUAUCUAUCAAAUUCUGUCCAAAUCUGUCACAAUAUUUUCAUUAUCUAUCUAUCUAUCUAUCUAUCUAUCUAUCUAUCUAUCUAUCUAUCUAUCUAUCUAUCUAUCAAAUUCUGUCCAAAUCUGUCACAAUAUUUUCAUUAUCUAUCUAUCUAUCUAUCUAUCUAUCAAAUUCUGUCCAAAUCUGUCGCAAUAUUUUCAUUAUCUAUCUAUCUAUCUAUCUAUCUAUCUAUCAAAUUCUGUCCAAAUCUGUCGCAAUAUUUUCAUUAUCUAUCUAUCUAUCUAUCUAUCUAUCUAUCUAUCUAUCAAAUUCUCUCCAAAUCUGUCGCAAUAUUUUCAUUAUCUAUCUAUCUACCUAUCUAUCUAUCUAGACAGCUGCUCAUUAUCUAUCUAUCUAUCUAUCUAUCUAUCUAUCUAUCUAUCUAUCAAAUUCUGUCCAAAUCUGUCGCAAUAUUUUCAUCUAUCUAUCUAUCUAUCUAUCUAUCUAUCUAUCUAUCUAUCUAUCUAUCUAUCAAAUUCUGUCCAAAUCUGUCACAAUAUUUUCAUUAUCUAUCUAUCUAUCUAUCUAUCUAUCUAUCUAUCUAUCAAAUUCUGUCCAAAUCUGUCGCAAUAUUUUCAUUAUCUAUCUAUCUAUCUAUCUAUCUAUCUAUCUAUCUAUCUAUCUAUCAAAUUCUGUCCAAAUCUGUCGCAAUAUUUUCAUUAUCUAUCUAUCUAUCUAUCUAUCUAUCUAUCUAUCUAUCUAUCUAGACAGCUGCUCAUUAUCUAUCUAUCUAUCUAUCUAUCUAUCUAUCUAUCUAUCUAUCUAUCUAUACGGUUGUUCAUCUAUCUAUGUGUUUUGCGCACACGCGCACUUGUAUGUAGUUUUACAUGUACACACACAAUAUACACUUCAUUGGAUUCCUGUCAAGUUUCAUUAUAG